GUGAGUAGGGACUCUUGCUCCUUGCUGCUCAAGAAAUGUCUUCACUUUCAGAAUAUGCCUUGCACAUGACUCGUCUGAGUGCCCGGCUGUUCGGUGAAGUGGCCAGGCCUACUGAUUCCAAAUCCAUGAAAGUGGUGAAACUGUUCAGUGAGCAGCCUCUGGCCAAGAGGAAGGAGACUUAUGACGGGUAUCCAAAUCACAACACUUAUUUUGCGCUCAUGGGGACUGUAUGUUUUCUUGGCCUCUAUAGAGACGAGCACCAGGACUUCAGGGAUGAGCAGUUGCGUCUAAAGAAGCUUCGUGGCAAGGGGAAACCAAAGAAAGGAGAAGGGAAAAGAGCAGCAAAAAAGAAAUAGUGUUGGUCCAUCAGGAGAACAAAGUUCUUUCUC